AUGGCGUUCUUGGCUGGUAGAAAACAUAUUAAAGAUAAGUACAUCCUUGUUCUUCUUGGUCCUAGCGGCAGUGGUAAAACUACCUUUGGCGAGAAUCAACUUGACAGUUGUCUUGCAGACGAAGACGGAGUUAUGUUUUUGUCCACUGGACUUGAACUUCGCAAGCAAAAUGUUAUGAAUGUGUGGCAGGAAGCCGAUAUGACUGUUAUUAAAGACUUCUGCCACAAGUUGAUCAAUGAAACCAUUGCAAAUUUCAAAAGGUCAGAAACACACCAAAUACUAAUUUUGGAUUGUGUCAAAAAUUUAGAAGACGCAUAA